AUCAAUGCUGCAACCAUAACAACCACGAAGAAGAGUGUCAAAGAUUUGUUUCUUAGCGUCCCAACAAUAUUUUCUUAAUUAAACUGGCUUCUAAGCAGACUGCAAACAUUUUAAAACCUUAAACGCAAUGGACGAAAAGGUUUUCGAUCCUACUGCAGGGGAUGAUGGGUCAGAGGCAGAGGCCGGUGCAUCAUCAUGUUUGGGAGCCACUGGAGGAUCAUCUGGUUCCCGUUUGGAGUCACAGCUCCAGGAGGCCAUUCGGUUAAAGACGGAGGGGAAUGCAUUCUACAGAGAGAAAAAUGUGCGCACUGCCAUCGGACGUUAUCAUCGUGCUUUGCUCGUUCUCCGUGGCCUGGACUCUGAGGUGAACUCUGUCCUGCAAGGGUUUGGGGCUCAGGUGCCUAAACUGAGCCAGGAGCAGGAGAACCUGCUGAGGAGCACUCAAGUAGACUGCUAUAACAAUUUAGCAGCAUGUUUGCUACAGCGACAGGUGGUGGACUAUGCCCGUGUGUUAGAGUACAGUCUGAAAGUGCUCCGGUGGAGGUCAGGUGACAUUAAGGCCCUCUACAGAGCUGGAGUGGCCUCAUUACAACUGGGUGAUGCACAGUCUGCUCGACAUUACCUCAUACAGGCCAGCAGGGGGAAACCUAAUGAUCCUGAUGUAAAGAAACAGCUGCAGCGAGUGGAGGAGAGACUCAGCCAAGACUACCAGAAAGAGAAGGCACUGUACAAAGGCAUGUUCAGCAAGCAGAAACAGGGUGAGGAGCAGUUAGCAGAGGAGAAGACCCAGAAAUUGGUCUAAACUGACAAAUACACGACUCGGCAGGAACAUACAUCGUUAAAUUAAGCUUGAGCUGCCAGGAAGAAAGUGGGAUGUUUUGCUUCAGGGCAUGGAUAAUUUGCUACAUAUGGCAUUUACUGGUGUUGACUGAAUGUGUGGCUGAAAUCUGGUGCAACGUGGCAGCUUGUACAAGAAUUUUAAUGCACUUAAAAUGCAUUGUACUCUGGUAUUGUAUAGUUAACAUACUGUCUAGCUGCUUCUGUUUUGCAUUCAGUUUCUUCCAGCUGUGGGUCUGUAUUUUUUUUUUCCAUAUGAUAGUUCUCUUGCUUUUUGUUUGUUCAUCCUAAUAAAUAUUUUUGAA